AUGUCAGAAAUUAUAAAAUAUUUUAAAUUGUACAAAAAAAUAAAGAAGCCUAAAUAUACUCCUUUAGGAUAUGAAAUUUACAGUCCUGUAAAUUUGAAAUUGAAGGCUGGAGAACCUUAUUUGGUUCCUUUAGGAUUUAAAAUGUCUUUUCCCAAGACUUACUGUUGUCUACUAACUAAGAAUAAAUGUCGUGUACUUGGUGGUUUAAUUGAUUCUGAUUGCAGGGGUGAAAUUAGAGCUAUUUUAUGUCCAAAAGAAGACAUUUUUAUAAAAAGAAAUACUAUUAUUGUUGUAAUGCAAAUUUUAGAGAUUGAUCUGCCUGUUAUUAAAGAAAAUAAAAGCAACUCCUUUAUACAAGUUGGUAGUGAAGUGUUUAAGAUUAAUAAAUAA